AUGGACGUCUCGAUGAUGAUGAAAUUGGACCACCAACAGUCGUCUUUGUCCUCGUUCGCGGGAGGCGCUUCCGUCUUUGGAGAGCGUCUGAUGAGAGCGAUAGGUUUAGCGGCGAAACCGAACCAACAAUCGAAAAAGAAAGGGUUAGAGCAAAUGGUAGAGGUUUUAUCGGAGGAGGAGAAAGAGAUGGGUGUUGGGAGGAGUAGUAGCGGGAACGACGAGGACGACGACGCGAAGAAGAAGAAGAAGAAGAACGAAGAGAUUGAAGUCAUCGUGUCCGACGCGUUGCCGAUGUGGACGCGGGUCCACUCGAAGUGUUUGAGAAACGAAAAGAGCGGAGGGACGACGACGGAUGAGGCGAGGCUACUGUCAGUGAAGGUGCAUAACUUGAUGUGCGAGAGAAGCGGGAAGAGGUUGGCCAAGUGCAUCGGGACGACGUCGGCGAUACCGUUGAUACUUUUGGCGAGGUGCGAUGGCGAUAAGAACGUCGCGAAAGAAGCCGAGACCGGGUUUCGGAGGAUAUUUACGACGAAAACGAGGCGGGCGAAGGCUUUGCGGUUCGUUGCGGUGGAUUUUUUCGAAUUGGUGCAAGAGUCGGUGCACAGAGCGAUGACUGAGUUUGGAGGAGGAAGUAUGAAAGGAGGUGGCGGUAGUAAUAGUGGGAAGGAGAGAGACGUCAUCGAGCGGGACGCGUGCGCGAGCGUGAGAGCGAUUGGUCAGUACGUCGUCGACGUGUUUGGUUUUGAGGAAUUUCGUGAAGGCGAGGUCAUGCCAACGACGGCGACGUCAAGUCUAGAAGGAGAAGAUGGCGAGAAGAAAACCAUAACGACGGUUAAAGAGGCGCUGGAAAGCGCGUUAGAAAGUUUAGAGUACUUGCGUAAAGUGAUGAUGUUAGAAUCGUCGACGAGUUUACGAGGCGCCAGUUUGGAUUGCCUGAGAAAGCUCUUCUUGGACAAGUGCGAAACGGAAAACGAAGAUAAUAGUACUGCUGUGAUUACGUUCGCCACGUUUUGCGACGAGCGAACGGCUAAACAAGUGCUCGAAAACGUCUUCAGCCGAAUAGAAAAAGAAGACGAUUCGUUGUGUUUAACCAGAGCGUGGGAGUUGGCCGCGGGACUAUCCCACGCACAAUGGUGCGCAAAAAAUCUCUCGGUGUGGGAUUUGCUACCAGAGCUGAGUCGAACGGUUAUCGAUGGAGCCAUCGUGAGAGGGUUUGCAAAUGCUUUUGAAGGUGCGGCGGCUGGGUGCGCGCCGUGCGUGUUGCCGCUCUUCGCGUCUCUUUCGUUUCCGCAAUCGACUGGCGGCGAAGGAGAAGAUGAAGAAUGUCUUAAAAACACGAUAAAUAUCGUCAACGCCGCACUGCGAGGUGCGGAAGAUUGCGAACAGUUUCAAUCUAAAAACGCAGAGGCAGAUGCUAUCGCAAAAGCUUCCAUGGAGUGCUCUUUGUUCGCGUUGUUGAGAUGGUUACGCGCGGAUGAGAAAAAAGAAACACUUCUAAAGACACUCCUCGUCGAGAAAUGGAUACCGCGUGCCCUCGAAGCUCGAAAUGGCACCGAUAGCAUUACGUCGAGAUGGGUAGACGUUGCUGCAAAAACUUUAGCCUCUCUCGCCUCCAAACCGACGGCGUUUCCGCAAGGCGUAGUCAUGAAAGCGUUGGAAAGUCUCGGCGAAUUUUUGGUCGUUUCCUACGACGAGAAUCCGUCGCGAGGUACGAGUAUAUGCGAGCAAUUCAAAGCAAUCGUUCUCGAACUUUCGAAUAAAGGAGCGCUCGUUCCUAAAGAAGUUCACGAGAAAAUGCUCGAACUUAAGAUGAGCUUUGCGAACGCGAUACAAGGACACGAAGAGAAACAUGGAGGUACAGACGAUACAUUUUUGGCGCUCGCGAUUGAGACGCUCAGUCCAGAUUCGUUCGGCGGUGCCGACGAAGUUGCCAGUUUUAUCGGUCGCGUGACCAUAAAUAGAAAACAAAAGCGCGAAGAUACUAUUGCACGAGGAGAUGGUGCUACCGCUGUAGUGGAUACCACGUCGUCGAUUGAAUCGCUCUUCGCAGCAUUGAAAUUUGCGAGCGCGGAGACGUGGUCGAAACAUUGCGAACAUAUUUUGAAGACGCAAAAGCUCGAAGUCGCGCUUCCUCACAUACUCGCCUUGCUCAAAAGAUUCGUCGCAGAUAACAAAAAGCAAGAUUUAAAAUGCGCCGUCAUCGAUGAUGCUUUUGUAAGAGCGUGUGAGAAUAUUGUCGUUGAGAGUGAAAACGGAGGGUCGACGACGCCGUCGAGCCAAGCGUUUAAAGCAGAAGUGGACUUUGUGAAAGCGUUUGCAAGUAACACCGCGCUCGUUCGCGUUGCUCUGAGUGUCGAUGCGUAUAAGAAAGGGCUGAACUCGCUGUCGCUGGCUGUUGAGAAAACAUCAUCUCAGUCUAUACCGCGAAAUAUUUUGUGCGACUUUUCGUGGCCGCCGCCACCAGAGAUUGCGAAAGAAGAAGCGCUUCUCAACUUUUGGGCCGAAAAAGUUGUCGCAGUAACGUUUAUGAAUAGGUGUAAAGACAUCAUCGCAAACAACGAAGACGUGUUCGACAACUAUGUAGCUUUAGAAGAAGCAGACAGUGACGUCGAUGAAGAUGACGAAGACGAAGAUGGAGACGAAGAAGACGGUGUCGCGCGUGACUUUUCGAGAUUGUGCGAACUCGCUCGCGGUGAUUCGUCCUGGUAUGCCUUCCUCCGCUCUUCGCACAGCGACGUAAGGAGAGCGAACAGUACUGUUGAGUCUUGCGCUGCUUUGAAAAACCCGCUAACAGCGUACAUCGCGGAGGCAAUCGCAAGAGACGACGACGUCACGUCCUUAAGUAUUCAAACAAAGUUUGCGCACGCGGUGUUAUGCGGAUGUUUUGAAGUUACGAACGAUGUUUUUGCAAACACGUUUUUGGAAAUGUCAGAGAAAAUGAGCGAUUCUGCAGAGCUUGCGCACGCUAUUGCGUCUGCGCUGGGCAGCUGGCACGAACUUGUCGAUGCCUACGUGAAGAAGUACGCCGGUAGUAGCGACGGUUUAGUCGCGAGCGCGCAUACAGUCAUCGCGACGAUGUCGGAGUUGGCGCCAAAGCAUGGUGGACUUCUUUCGGCCGUCGUGAAGCGUGAGAAUUUGCGCGAUGCCGUACUCGACGCACUCGUUGCAACUCAGAACGACCAACUCGCGUGGGAACUCGUGUCUUUGCCGACGAAAUCUCCGGCUGACUUCAUGCUUGGCAAGAAAAUUCUCAUUUCUUACGGGUUCAUUUGGAAGAACGACGAGACUGUGUGUGAGUAUCCUCACGAUGAUUCAGUGCUAAAAUACGCUCUUUCGUUCGACUCGUGCUCGAAAAAGACGAGAAUACUCGUACACGUUGUUCCAAAACUUUUGCACAGAGGAGAAUGGAUGGAUGCCUUUCUUCGAUGCCUCGUCGAAAGAAUCGAGAGGUACUACAAAGAUCGUUCAGUGAACAUUACGAGCCAACCGUUUCUUCCAGCGUCGCGAUUGUUUGCGUAUUUUGUUUCCGAUUCGUAUAUUUCGAACGCGAUGCAGAAACACAGCGAAUUCAACGUCCGAAAUGCGGACGGAACCGGAGCGCGAGCGGACGAAAUCGGAGCGUUUGCUCUCGCCGUGUGGAUCGCCAUCGAAACGCGCGCACAAAGCGACAAAGCGACAGCAGCUCGACUUAAAACGCUCGGCGGAGGUUCAAAUGAAGAGGAUGAGUUUCACGACGCAUCUACCGACGAUGACCUCGCCAUUGAGAAUGAAAUCGAUUCCGCGAGGAUUCAUCUCGCGAUACUCUCGAGCGCGAAAACAUCUUCGGAGCUGGACGAAAAGACCUGGGUGAGUGUUUUUGAAUCCAUGAUUGGUUGGAUUGACUCGUUUGCGCGAAUCAGUCGGAUAUAUCUCGGGAAAAUAUCGCACGUCGUCGAAGACGAAGUGAAAUUGGAAGUUCACGGUGGUCGCGUCGUCGACCGAAAGUUUCAUCUUUUUGAACUCGCGACGUCUUGCCUAGCUUCAAUCGAGAGAUUCCCAAUCGCAGUCGCAACGCCUCGUAUUUCAGAUGACGAGGAUGUGGAAGAAUACGGUUUGUAUUACAAUACAGACAUGGACGAAAUGAAUCCUAUGGAGGAUAUUUCCACGGAUGUGGAUCUUGCCACCUUAAAAAGUGGCGGCGACGUGGUCGCUUUUGCGAGUAAAUCCGGAGAAUUUGGCCAAACUUUGGCCAAAUCGCUCGCGCGAGCAAAAUGGCCAAGGAUUCGUCGAGUACUGCUCGCGACAGCUUUAGAACCCUUGAUAAAUUUCAGUGCCGCGCUUUUCGAGCACAUUCAUUCGGAAGAGAGCGAAGACCGCGCAGAAAUCAUGGAACCGAUUUUGAGAGAAGUUUCGGCGGCGCUCGCGUCCAUCUUGGGCGACGGUACGGAGGCUAUUUUUGCAAGCUCGAUGUGUUGCUCGUUGGCGAUGCGUCGUUUUGAAUAUUUUGCAGGAACGAUGCUUCCUGAAAGUGAAGUCUCGUCGUCGUCGUUGAAUGCAAUGUACGCGUUGUUGGAUGACAACAUUCGUUUUACUCCAAGAGAGGCGGCGUACGUCGCGUUCGCCGUGCUCUCCUCGGACGAUGUCGUUCGCGCCGCCUGUUUUGGCAUUGAUUGUUCAUUCAACGAUGUAAACAAAAUCGACGCAAUAGUUGAGAAACUUUACAGAGAUGCAAAGUUACAAAAAGCCGCCGCGAGUGAUAACGACGACGACGACUACGGCGAGAAGGAGGAACCCGAAAUGGACUCGGAAUUGGAGGAAAUGGCGGAACAACAGUUCCUCACAAAAUAUGGUCUGCGUGAAAAUCUCGUCGCAAUACUCAAAAAAGAGGGGCGCAAAUCACGUGCCAAUGAUUACGACGAUGACGACGAAGAAAAAAUGGUCAAAUCUCAAGUCUCAGGUGUUACGAACGUAGAUUACGCGUGGUCUCUCGUUUUCCGAGCGUUAUCGUCGAGUCGCGUAGAAGUACCGAGACGCGCAAAAUUGCGUUUAAUUCAAUACAUCGCGAAGAUAAACUCGAAAAGUUCCAUCGUAUCCAACGCGUUCAACGGCGUUUUAAACUCUGCACCGUUUUACGAGCUUGCAUCGCUCUUGACAGAAGAUGAAAACGUCGACGAAGGCGAAUCAUCGGAGCUAGCCAUAACUGUGUGCGAUUACGGGAGUCACGCCGAAACUGUUCGAGCGUUUGCGCCGCUGCGACAUCGUUACGGUGCGCUUUCAAAAGCAAGCAUAACGGAUAAUAUUCCUCCCAGAGUAUUCCUCGCACUCGUUGGAUCUUUCAUCGAACACUUUCCUUCCAUCUCGCGUUCAGCCUAUCGCGAACUCGACGGGAAGAAGGCAAAGAAAGAUUUCGUAAACGACCUCGAUUUCAUCUGCGAAAACAUUUUCCGCAAAGCAUUUCUCGAUCGUGAAAUUGCCGACACCGAAAGGUUUCAAAACUUGCGAAGCUCGUUUGCCUCGGAGAAUGUAUCGGAUGCGCUAUCUGUGAGAUAUUCCGAAAAAAUGUCCGCAAUCGUAGCUCGAUACGACAUCGACGAGAGUUUCAUGGAAAUUUCAAUCGAUAUCCCGGCGACGUUCCCGUUGAAACCGGCGGAACCUCGCGAGAGCAAACGCGUUGGCGUGAGUGAACGUCGAAGCCGCUUUUGGCUUUUGAGUUUAAAAACUAUGUUGAGCUCUGGGAGUGGCUUGCUGAACGACGCCGAAGAAGAGAAUUACGAAAUCGAGGACGAUUCUUCUACGACGGCGACAUCGACGACGCGCGGUUCUAUUUUGAUUGCCAUCUUGAAAUGGUCCAAGUUUGUGGAUAAGUUCUUUGAAGGUGCGGAACCGUGCCCGAUCUGUUACCAAGUUCUUGCAAAAAGUAACGGUCGUAAACCAGAAGCGACGUGCAGACAGUGUUCGAAUAGUUAUCACGGCGAUUGUUUGAUGAAGUGGUUCACGACUUCCUCCAAGUCAACGUGUCCCAUGUGUCAAUGCUCGUGGGGGUCAACCCAUUAG